AUGUCUGUCAGCCGCGGACCGUUUGCACUACAGCAUUUCUCGAAAGACUACUUUCCGCACGGCGACACAGUGCCGGUCUCUUCGAUGUCAUCUAGCAGCGGCAGAGGAGGGUGUGGAGCACAGGGCCUCAAUCUCACCAUCCAGACCACCGUUACUCAAGAUACUUUGGCCGUGGCCGUGACCUCAGCAUCCCAUGUCCUUGCGUCGGAGAGUGGGGUGGGUGUUCCCCCACCCAAGUACGUCAUCAGCUCAUCCCCUUCUGUCUACUCGAAUCAAAUGAGCGAGUCCUACACCCAUAUCCCGAUGCACAUAGAGCCAUGCUCCCUAGAGAAGACCUACUACAAGAACCUAGUGGACAGUUUGUAUCCCUCUUCUGCUCCGCCUGACGCUUCCCACUGCAUGACCAGUUUUCCGACAUCACCGCACAAUUUCAAUUACUACUGCUCCCAAAACAUUUCUGGCCCCUCGUCCUGCGAAGCGACAAUGUCCGAACGAGCACCAAGGCACCCCUCCAUACAGCCCACUUUCGCAGAGCUACCGCCCAUGGGCUCCUGCGUACGGCCUAACACAAGUCGUCUCGGACUGGGGGGCCGUUCCCUAAGCACUGGACAAGCACCGCAGGUCUACUAUAAGGAGGGCUGGAAUAUGCCCACCAAUGACUUCUACGCCCAGCCGCACACGGACCUGCACCCUGUACCACCACCACAGUCUUCGACGGCUGCGCAACCGACAGCACAGACACACAACUGCUGCGCUUCGCUGCCCUACAAUCCUCAACCUGAUGUCACCUCACUAGUGGUUGCGGAGAAUGCCAACAACAUUUUUCCCAUUUCCUCAGUGCCACAGUCACAUCAACAACACCAUCACCACCUCGCUCCUAACCACCAGUCUACGCCACAGCAGCAACAGCAACAGCCGCCUCAAGAGGCUCACCAGAACAACUUUUACGAUGCCCAACCGGUGAGGUGCACUCACUUCUACGAUCUCAACCAGCGAAAGGUAAGCCCCACUUACAGUGGUGGUGUCUCAGGCUCCUAUUCCACUGAAGUGGUGUACUCCGCCAAUCCCACCUCCUGCCCCGAAGGUGAUGAAGGCGGAUUCUUCAUGAAAUCUUUCAUGGAGGACGACGACGAUGAUAUUAGUCAGCAGCUCCAUUCCACAAACUUGAGCCCCACUCCUGACAAGCAGAUGACCAACGGGUUUCAUCGACCUGUGGAAGAAAUGCAAUGCGCGCACAGCUAUACCAAUCAAGGUAUGGUCUUUCCACCGCGCCAAAUUCAGGAGCGGAAGUUGUCCCUUCACCAGCCUCCGAAGCAACAAAUGGGCAGCCUCCAGGAGAACUUUGUAUACCCAUCCUCAGAGGGGCAAGCAGAGGACCAGAUUUUGAGCGGUGAAGUGCCAGUGCUCUCCAUCAAUACGUCAGAGGAGGUAAUUAACACAUGUACUGAUGAUUUCUCCAACGCCUUCUCCGACAACGUCAGUUUGGAUGAUAUCAAAUUACCGCAACUACUGGAAUGCCAGGCCACAUAUCGGUCAAAAAGCGGUUCAUCGGAGAGGAAGCAGGGGGGUGGAAAAAGGGCCUCCUUGAACUGGUCUUCACCAGAAACCGCUUCGUCUCCUGGACUUGCGUCUUCUUUGCAGAACGCCAGUUGUCAGCGAAAUUUAGAUGCGUCUUCUGGAUCUGCCACAUGCACAGUACGCCAAUCUCCCAACCACUAUCCGCAAGUCAACAUCCACGCCUGUCCUUACACUGGAUGCCCCAAACGAUACUCUAAGAGCUCCCAUCUCAAAGCUCACGUUCGAACGCAUACUGGUGAAAAGCCGUACGUGUGCAAUCAUCCUGAGUGUACGUGGAAGUUCGCGCGGUCUGACGAGCUCACCCGGCACAAGCGCAAGCACACAGGAGAGAAACCGUUUGGCUGUGAUACCUGCAACCGUCGCUUUACUCGCAGCGACCAUCUGCAGCUGCACAAGCGCACCCAUGAGGGUUCCUCGCACAGCAGUGCUGUAACAUCCUCCGCAGCUGCCGCAGCCAGCGCAGCUGCCUCCUCCACCUCGACCUCACCGCGGACUCCAUUGUCGACGACGGAGGUGGGGGAGGCUCGUGCACGCCCAGCCUGCCGCUCUGGUGGCAGGAUCAGCAUUUCAUCCACCUCCACCACCGUUAGCAACACCACUACCACCAUCCCACCGAACACUCAACUAAUGCUCCCUCCGUCCUCCUUCUCCACAUAA